AUGGGUUGCAAAACUAACGUUGGCCCUAUCAUGGAUGAAUCGCUGGAAAAGCCACCGCCGCUCGAUUUCCCGUGGUUUGGGAACCAAUGGCGCUACAUCACUGUUACUCUUGGAGCGCCUUUCCUCCUGUUGUGCAAGGACAACGUGGAUGGCCGCCGACAUGAUGCCAACCAUGUUAGGACUCCAGAUCGUUCCAGGCCGGCCCGUCUUCAAGCCGCGCCGUCUGCAGCCCACCACCUUCGCCCCUGGCACGCCGUUCCAUACAACGAUGCGGCCUCUCCAACUUAUCCUGCCGUGCGCAUCACGACACAGUUUCCGCCCUCUUCUGCAUGGCAACUCCCAAGUUGGCCAGAAUGCCCUGUCCCGACGGGGCAGCAAGGCCGUUGCAAGAAUCCAUCAGUCUUCCCGGGCCUGUGGGUUCCCAGACAGUUCUUCGCCGACGCAUGA